AUGAAUAAAACAUUAUUGCUCAACUAGAGUAAAAAAAUAUUCUAACUUAAUAUGAAAAAUUAAAUAUUGGCAACUCUGAUAAUUUUGAAUAGCUUGUUCAGUGUUAAGGAAAAGGAACAAGAAAAUUUUAGGUAAAGUUGUGAAACUUUACAUGAAGGUUUUUCGUGUUCAGACUAUUAAGCUUGGAAAAUAGAAAACCAAAAAGAUUACAGAUAAGAUUUAUAAUCUUAGGGUUUUAGAUUUUGUCCUAAAUGUUCUGUCUUAACUGAGAGGAUAGAUGGGUAACACGAUGAAAUUUAUAGUCAUUUAAAUGAUAUUCAUGGUGGGUAUUUUGGAGAUACUGAUGAUGAAGACGAUUAUGAAGAAGAAGAGGAGGAGGAGGAUUAAGAUGAAAAUGAUGAUUAAGAUGAAGAGGAGGAUUAAGAUGAAGAGGAGGAUUAAGAUGAAGAUGAGGAUUAAGAUGUAGGUAAUGUAGAUGAACCAGAUUAUUGA